AUGCACUGCACUCUUCUUCACUAUCACUGUCACCGGUCGCUUGGGUUUGGCAAGUUGAGUGAUCGUGUUGGCCGGUGGCCGAUUGUCGUUGCCGGCACCGCCUUUGCCUCCCUCGCCCUCAUCCUCAUCUACCUCAACCUCUUCAAACAGCUGUGGACGCCGACUGUGGGUGCUGCGUUUGCGUACGGAUUUCUCCUCGGUCUCGCUGACAGCGUCUACAACACGCAGACAUUCGCGGCACUCGGCGUUUUGUUCCCGGGCAAGGGGCCAGAUGCGUUUGCUGCAAACUUCUUUGCAAAGGCGCUGGCGAGUGCGCUUGCGUUUUAUUACAGCCCGUAUGUUGCGCUGGAGUAUCAGAUGAUUGUGCUCGGGGUGCUGGGCGUGGCGACGACGGUGACGUUCAUCAUUGCGGACCGCCGUGUUCGCCCUCGCUCAUCCGACUGCGAACCGCUCCUUAUCGACUCGUCCCCAAAUGUCCAGCUCGAAUACUAACACACUAACGCGCGCGCGCGCUUUUCUUAAGCUUGCUUGCAGGCACGCGCCUUGCUUGCAGGCACAAUCGCAUGUGUAUUGUGGAAGCUGUGCACUUGUUUUUGAUCGGCAUGUGGUCUUGGCAUUCACUGUGGAUGUGGGUAAGUUUGAAUGAUAAGGGACUGCCGAGUGUGCGGGGAGUUGGGUCGUAGGUUCGCACUCUUGUUUAUAAAAGGAACAGAAGUC